AUUUGGCCCAGUCCAAACCUCUCAGGCUCCUUUGCACUGUCAGGGGCAAACCGCCAACUAAUGGUGCUCGCCCCUCCCCGCAGGAACUUGGUCAUUCCAGGCACACUCCAGACUACUCUGCUGGCAGCGGGGAUCUCAAGUCAGUGGGUCUUAGCUUGCAGGGAUCCACGGGAGUAGGACCCACUGAUUGAGACUGCUGGGCUCUCCUCCUUGGCUUCGGCCCCCUUUCCAUGGAACUGGAUGGUUCUCCUGCCUCACUGGAGUUCCACGCACCACUGGAGCAUGUAAAUACUCCUGCAGCUCAGGGCCUGCCUGAACAGCCACCAAUGGGAGUGGCUGUCAUUGGUUUGCCCAGGCACUUCUCUCCCCUGGUGCCACGUGAAGAAAAACAUGUUUGCUGCUUCUUCCACCAUUAUUGUAAGUUUCCUGAGGCCUCCCCAGCCAUGCGGAACUGUUAUCGGCACUCAAAAGAGCAUUCUAGUAAAGCUACCUUAAUUUGGCCCUUAUUUUUCUUAAUCUUGUUUGUGACAAUCAUAGUGUGUGGAAUCGUUGUUGCUUUAAGCGCAAUAAAUGCUAACUGCCAUCAAAAGUCAUCAGUAUGUCUUCAAGCUGCGUGCCCAGAAAGCUGGAUUGGUUUUCAAAGAAAGUGUUUCUAUUUUUCUGAUGACACCAAGAACUGGACAUCAAGUCAGAGGUUUUGUGACUCACAAGAUGCUGAUCUUGCUCAGGUUGAAAGCUUCCAGGAACUGAAUUUCCUGUUGAGAUAUAAAGGCCCCUCUGAUCACUGGAUUGGGCUGAGCAGAGAACAAGGCCAACCAUGGAAAUGGAUAAAUGGUACUGAAUGGACAAGAUGGUUUCCUAUCCUGGGAGCAGGAGAGUGUGCCUAUUUGAAUGACAAAGGUGCCAGUAGUGCCAGGUACUACACAGAGAGGAAGUGGAUUUGUUCCAAACCAGAUACCUAUGUCCAGAUGUUACAGCAAAGCCCCAACUAAUCUUUAGAAGCACAUUGGAACUGAUAACCCCAUUUUCCAAUUUUAGAAUGAGCAAAGAAUUUAUUUUUUAAAAUUUUAUUUAUCUUUUGUUGUUGUUGAGAUGGAGUCUCACUCUGUCACCUAGGCUGGAAUCCAGUGUCACUAUUUCGGCGCACUGCAAGCUGUCUCCUGGGUUCACGCAGUUCUCCUGCCUCAGCCUCCUGAGUACCUGGGACUACAGGUGCCCACCAUCAUGCCCUGCUAAUUUUUUGUAUUUUUAGUAGAGACAGGUUUCACCAUCUUAGCCAGG